UCUAUUCUUUCUUCUGCUGCUGCACUCUGGUGCUUUUUCUUCCGCGCCCUCCUCUUUGUUUCCCUCCUCCUGUCUGUUACAGGGACAGUUUCAUCUAAAUGGCAUGCACAAGGCUGGGGAUUUGAUUCUCGGUGGGCUGUUUCAGGUCCACUUCUUCUCCGUGUUUCCUGACCAGUCGUUUACCGCCGAACCACAACAGCUGACAUGCCACAGUUUUGAUCUGUUAGGGUUUAGACAGGCUCAGACCAUGGCCUUUGCCAUUGAUGAGAUCAACAAAAACUCUCAGCUUUUACCCGACGUCACUUUGGGCUACAGUUUGUACGACAACUGUCUCACUCUCGGAGUUGGAUUUCGUGCAGCACUGGCAUUAGUCGGCGGUCAAGAGGAGCAUAUUGUGUUGAAUGAGACCUGUGAAGGAGCCCCUCCAGUUGUGGGGCUUGUGGGAGAUUCUUCCUCUACACGCACUAUUGCUAUCUCCACUGUCUUGGGUUUGUACAGAGUGCCGAUGGUGAGUUAUUUUGCCACAUGUGCCUGUCUAAGUGAUCGGCAGAGGUUUCCAUCAUUCUUUAGGACAAUCCCGAGUGAUGCCUUCCAGGUGCGCGCCGUGCUUCAGAUACUCAAACACUUUGGCUGGACGUGGGCGGGUUUGCUGAUAAGUGAUGAUGAUUACGGGCUGGACGCCGCCCGCUCCUUCAACUCUGACCUGGGUGUGUCUGCAGGAGGCUGUCUGGCCUACGUAGAGAUUCUGCCCUGGGAAAAAGAUGUGGAUGAAUUCAAGAGGAUCGUGGAUGUGAUGAGGAAAUCCACGGCCCGCGUUGUUGUUGUGUUUGCGCAUGAGGGUAUGAUCAUUAAUCUCAUGGAGGAGGUUGUGAGGCAGAACUUGACAGGCCUCCAGUGGCUGGCCAGUGAGGCCUGGUCCACAGCUGCUGUGCUCCAGACCCCUGACCUCAUGCCGUACCUCGGGGGCACACUGGGCAUCGCUAUCCGUCGAGGAGAGAUACCAGGCCUCAAGGACUUCCUGCUCCAAACACGUGCUGAUCUACAACACAACAACACCUUUGGAAACAGCAUGGCAAACCAGUUUUGGGAAUUCACAUUUCAAUGUAAAUUUGCACCGGCUCCAUCAGGCUGGGUUGAGAAUGGGGGAAGGAUUUGCUCUGGAGACGAGGAUUUGAAGGCCGUGGAGACUGAGUUCUUAGAUGUUUCUGAUCUCAGGUCUGAGUACAACGUCUACAAAGCCGUGUACGCUCUGGCAUACGCCCUUGAUGAGCUGCUGAGGUGUGAACCAGGAAAAGGGCCUUUCAGUGAGGAAAGCUGUGCAACUUUGCAAACACUUCAUCCAUGGCAGCUUGUGUAUUAUCUAGAGAGGGUGAAUUUCACCACAUCAUUUGGUGACCAAGUGUCAUUUGAUGAGAACGGCGACGCCUUACCGAUAUAUGACGUCAUGAACUGGCUCCGGCUCCCCGACGGACAAACGAAAGUUCAAAAUGUCGGGGACGUAAAAGUGUCGCCUUUUAAUGGUGAACAACUCACACUUUAUGAAGACAAAAUCUUCUGGAACUUUCAAUCAAAAAAGCCGCCGCGUUCGGUGUGCAGCGAGAACUGUCCUCCAGGAACCCGCGUGGUGAGAAAGAAGGGGGAACCUGAGUGCUGUUUUGACUGCAUCCCUUGCUCUGAGGGAAUGAUCAGUAAUUACACUAAUUCCCUGGAGUGCUUCAGCUGUCCAGAGGACUUCUGGUCCAGUCCACAGCGAGAUCACUGCGUUCUUAAGCAAACAGAGUUCCUCUCCUAUCAGGAACCUUUAGGGAUCUGCUUGACAGCAGCCUCACUGCUGGGCACAUUCAUCUGCGCUGUCGUUCUGGGGAUCUUCAUCUAUCACCGCAGUACACCGAUAGUACGAGCCAACAACUCAGAACUUAGUUUCAACCUGUUGUUUUCCCUCAAGCUGUGCUUCCUGUGUUCGCUGCUGUUCAUCGGACGACCCAGACUGUGGACAUGUCAACUGAGACACGCUGUAUUUGGGAUCAGCUUUGUGCUCUGUGUGUCCUGCAUCCUGGUUAAAACCAUGGUGGUUCUGGCUGUGUUCAAAGCCUCCAAGCCAGGAGGGGGAGCCAGUCUCAAGUGGUUCGGUGCUUCACAGCAGAGAGGAACUGUUCUGGUUCUCACCUCUGUUCAGGCAGCAAUCUGCACUGCCUGGCUUGUCUCUUCUUCUCCUUCUCCACAUAAAAACACCAAAUACCACAACGAUAAGAUAGUUUAUGAGUGUAUUGUUGGCUCCGCUAUUGGUUUUUCCGUGUUACUGGGAUACAUUGGCUUACUGGCCAUCCUCAGCUUUGUGUUGGCGUUUAUGGCCAGGAAUCUGCCCGACAACUUCAACGAGGCCAAACUCAUCACUUUCAGCAUGCUGAUCUUCUGCGCUGUGUGGGUGGCCUUUGUUCCUGCUUAUGUCAGCUCACCGGGCAAAUAUGCAGAUGCAGUGGAGGUGUUUGCCAUCCUGGCCUCCAGUUUUGGCCUCUUGAUGGCGCUGUUUGGACCCAAAUGUUACAUAAUUCUGCUGAGACCAGAAAGAAAUACGAAGAAAGCUCUCAUGGGGCGAAGCACAAUAGGAACCACUUAAAAGUAAACAAGUGCUGGGUGAUUGAAGUGCAUAGAAACUACACAAAAAUUUCAGAUUUGGAGUCAGAUCUGAAUCAAAAUGUUUACUUCCAGUGUACAGGCAUAAAUCCAAAUUUGUUCGACUGUCUAAACUAGGCAAAUAUGAAUAUCUUACAAAAUACAUUGUAGAUUCUGUAAAGUUAAUGAUAGACUGAUAUGAUUGCUGAAACUGAAUAAUUCAAUCUUGGUAUAACAUUUCUACAUCAUUGAUAGAAAAAGUAAAGCAUUAAGUGCAGCAGUAACUCAUUCUAGCAACAAACACAACUAAGCACAUAAACUCUGAGCCAGUAGUAUGUAUCGCUUUCGGUUCUCUCUUGUGUAACUACUUAUUUAUAGUUUUUUAUUUGUUUAUGGCUGCAUUGUUAUGGAA